AAAGCGUCUUCAAGUUUGAGCGACCUCGGUUCCGCAUUUCACACGAGGAAAUUCGUGGGUGCUGCUCGUCUCUGCAACCGCCGGCGGCCACCCCAAGUCCCCAACUGCGUCUACACCUCACAACAAUCUUGAUCGGUGCUCUCGCUUCCUCCUCCUCCUCCUCCUCCUCCUUCAGCCGAGCCGGCACAAGUACUGGAGGCUGUAUAGCUCACAUGGAGGUGAAGAGUAACAGCAUCAAGAAGGAAGGAAAUGAUUGGCGAGAAGGAGAGGGCAUUGUCAAGAAGCAGAAUAUUACCAUGGGGAUGGAGGUGAAGAGCAACGGCAUCAACAAGAAAGGAGAUGAUCAGCAUGAUGAUGAGGGCAUUGUCAAGAAGCAGAAUGUCACCAUGGUGAUGGAGGUCUUUGAUUGCCCUGUCUGCUCAACCCCCCUCAGGCCUCCCAUUUUUCAGUGUUCUAAGGGCAGUUUCAUCUGCUUGCCUUGCCAUGAAAAGCUACCAGAAAGCGAGCGCACUGUUUCCCAGCGCUGCUAUGGCAUGGAGCGCGUCGUGAAAAACAUCUUCAUUCCCUGCAAGCAUGGAUGCACCAAUAAGAAUAAGAUCCCCUACUACCGAAAGGAGGAGCACGAGAGGAGUUGCCCGGAAGGGCCAUGCAUCUGUCCGGUCUUCGGCUGCGACUUAUUUGCUCCGACCACGGUGCUCCUGGACCAUCUCACCACCCUUCACGAGUUUCCAUCAAAAAGCAUUGAAUACUUCGUGCCGUUCGAACACCAUGUCCAACCGGGUUCUCUUGUUCUCUGCGGCAAGUACAAUCACCUCUUCCUGCUCGAUGUGGCGCCACUGGAGUCCCUCGGUCAUGCAGUCUCUCUCGUCUGCGUCCAGCCGGAAACUCCGAGAGCCACGAUUGGAUGUUCAGUGUGUUUCUCUUGCUUCAAAGGCCAUUACCAGGUUUCAUCAUUGAAUGUCGAUAGCUUGUCGAUGCCGACGCGGCGCUUCUGCGUCGUGCCCAAGGUUCUGGGUGGAGAUACUGAUGUCUUGCUCAAGAUCACCAUAGAUUUGGUAUAUGAUCUUGAGGACUACGAGCUGGAGGAGGAGGAUGACGAUGACGACGACUACAAGGAGGAGGAGGAGGAGGAGGAUAGAGCAGGAUGGUCACAAAUUAAUGGUGAUUGAGUUGGCAUUCAGUUGAGGAAUGCGCUAAGCCUGGUAGGAUAUACAACCUCGGAUGUUUAGUUUAUUGCUGUUUCCAUGAAGUAGGUUCUGCUUGAACUUGGUAUUCUAGCCUGUCAGCCAGUCCGUAACGUUGUCCCUGAUGCUACUGCUACUACUAUAUGUUAUUUUGCUGUCUUUGUCAAAGAACAUAUAUGGUUCUAGCCUGUCAGCCAGUCUGUAACGUUGUCCCUGAUGCUACUUCUAAUAAUAUACGUCACGUUGCUGUCUUUGUCAAAAAUAAAGAACAUAUAUGGAGCAUC